AUGUCCCAGUCAUACCAGACCUUUCCCUCCUCCAUCCACUCCUCCGCCGACCCCGCGACCCAUUCAAUCGCCGAAGAAGAGACCCAGCUCAUCCGCCGCGACCCAGCUGACACCACGACCGACACCUUGCUCACCACCAUGCCCGGCAUCUUCUGGACCAUCGGCUCGCUCUACGGCGCCGCCAGCGUCGCCAUCGGCGCCUUCGGCGCGCACGGCCUGAAGUCGCGCAUCGCCGACCCCCAGCGCAUCGCGAACUGGAACACGGCUGCGCACUACCAGCUCAUCCACUCGGGCGUCAUCCUCCUCGCCUCGGUCGCCGCGCCGCAGAACAAGCUGGCCAUGACGCUGCUGACGGCCGGCGUGACCAUGUUCUCGGGCUCCAUCUACCUGCUCGUCCUCGACCCGGCCCGCUUCAAGGCCCUCGGCCCCGUCACCCCGCUCGGCGGGCUGUGCAUGAUUGGCGGCUGGGCCGCGCUAGCUUUCGGCCGCGGGAGGGUGCCUAUCCCGCCGAGGGCUUAA